CCGAGGUCGGCCCAUGCCGCGGGGGGCCUAUAACCCCACGCGCUCGGCACCAGGCUCCCUUUGAGCGUGUCUCCUGCUAUUUCUGCUGCAGUUCUUCUUCUUGGAGGAAAAAUCUCUUGUUUCCAUCCUUCUUAAGGCCCGGUUUUGUGCCAGUUUGUGGAAGCAACAACGACAACAACAGUAGAACAGUAGAACACAGGACACAAGCACUCUUGUCUUGCCUUAAAGUUUGCCAUCGCUACCCAUUUCUCCAAGUGUUGCUCAAGAACUUUGUGAAAGAUGAGUUAUUAUAAUCAAGGAGGGCCACCUGUAGGAGCACCUCCUCCGCAAUACGCUCCUCAAGGAUAUCCUCCUCAGGGUUACCCGCCACAAGGAUACCCACAACAAGGAUACCCGCAACAAGGAUACCCUCAACAGUAUCCACAACAGCAGCAGAACAAGAGCCCAUCGUUUUGUGAAGCUUUUCUUGCGGCUUUGUGCUGUUGUUGCUUGCUUGAUGCAUGCUUCUGAGCAUGGCUCAUUUGCAACCUGGGUGGAAGAUGUAUCAAAUGCAAAUGCAAAUGCAAUGGUAGCUGCCGGCAAUUUUACUACCGUCAGUAUGAUCUAUUCAGGCUUAGUUACUUUCUAGACUUCUUUUGUUCUUUUGAAAGAUGCGACGUGAUCUUGAAUAUUAGUUCCUAGUAUCUGGAGGAACGUUCAAACUCUCAGCAUAUUAUCAGCUGCAACCAGAAACACUCGGGGGUGGGUGUGGAGCAUAUGCCUAAUAAGUGUUCUGGAUGUAGACUAGGAUCUUUUUCAUCCAACCAGGCUUGUAGUCGAUGUAGUAAGUGCAGCAGCUGUGCUGACGAUUAGAAUUUUUUUCUUUUGGGUUCGAAUCAAAAUCCGUGUAUACCCGGUACAUACUGAAAGCGUUUUACUUCAUUCUUUUAAGUUGAUGUGGAUUUUUAAAAAAGUUUUGUGGAA